UAAGUGUGGAAACCGGUUGUCGCCAGUAGUCUCUCAGCAUUCAUUGGGCACGCAAUCCCUUCGGGGAAUAUAAUUAUCCGAAAGAGAAGUAAUUAUCACUGGAAUCAUCAGAAUGCACAAAUGCUAUUGCGGCGUAAUGAGAUCGGGAAGUGAGCGGCAGCAGCAACAUCUUGCGCUGCAUCAAGAUCGAGAUCAUCAUCCACGUGGCGAUCUCAGGUCGGUGACCUCAUCUUCCAGACAAAGCCUGCGACCCACCCAAUUUAUAAAACGUCCGAGCCUAAAGACCGCGCCCAGAUUUGGCCUAGGCCAUUCCAGCACCGAGUUGGUCAAUGACUUCAGUCGCCGGAACUCCACAGCCACCACGGUGAGUCACUGCUCCAGCUGCAGCUGCAGCUCUUCCCAGCAACGCCAGCAGAGCAGGGCCAAGGUUUUGCGAUGGGGCUGGGAACGAACAGGAGGUAUUGACACCUCGAACACGAACCACCAUGAAAGGUACACGGACAAUCGUCGUCUUUACGAGCAGAGCGCAUGCGUCGCCAGUCGCCAGAGGAGCCAAGGUCAGGGUCAGGUUUACAGUGGCAACUCGACGCCAUCGCCACGCCCAGUUGAGUACCCCAAACAGCAGGCCAUCGAUGAGCUGCAGCAACUGAAGGCCCUGCAGCACUUCCGCCUGAUGAACACUAGCGAAUGCUUCAGUGAUGUCCGCCAGGAUGAGCUGCGUCUGCAGCGGGCAUAUGAUAAAAUCAUUUUCGGCAGCUCGGACAAGUGGAACAAGGAUCGGGCCAAUGAGAGCAGGCAACAGGAAGUGACGAGGAGCAGCAGCAGCACCACCACGCCCUACGCCCUAAGGCAGAAGUUGCUCCAGCUGAGGCUCCAGGAGGACGAGCGACAUGGCAGGGGCACGGGAGCCACAUGUGCUCCAUUGGGAAAGAGUUGCGCACUGCGAUAUAACUAAACUGAUGUGCUAUAUAAAUAUACACUAUAGUGCAAUAUACUAGGCAACAUAAAGUAAAGUUAUGAAUAAGAAUUUAAAGUCCUCGAACUUCUUUAGAUUGUAACACCAACUAUAUAGACAAUAAAUAAUCAAUUCGCUAUCUAAAUAAGAAACUAACAUGCAUUUCACUCAAGUAAAAACACAUCCCAAAUUUCAUAUUUAUUGCUAGUAUGUAUUUCAAUUUUUCUUUUAAUAAAACAGUGCUAUUUUGUUACAAGUGCUUCGUCAUUGUGUUCAUUUUGUUUAAUUUGUAUUUUUUUGUUUCAAUGAUUUUUUUGUUUUUUAUUUAUUUUUAUUUUUUUUGCAAUUUACGCUUUGAAUGCAUUAUUAAUUUACCCCAUCUGUCUUUUCUAAUUUCCUUCUUGAGGUCAAUUACGCUUUAAUUUUACGAUAUUACGUUAUAGAUUUCUUAUGACCUGUGUUUUUGGGGGUUGAAAACAGCCGAUGUCGUACUGGAUCGCAUUAUUACAAGUACAUAUAUAGUCGUAAAUAUACGUUGAAUUCAUUACAACAUUGAACAGAGUACUAGAGUGUGAAAUAGACGAGGACUCAUGCUUUUGCUUUUGUUUUUUUUGUCCGUAGGUUACGCGAUUGUGGUUAGUAGGUUACUUGGUUGUCGGGCGGGGAUUGGA